GAAAACAUUGUUGGUGGUUUGGUCUCAUGGAGAACUCGAGUGGGACGAAGGGCGAUCAGGCUCCGAUGCUUUCAGCCUCGGUCCCUUCCAGCUUGGUUCCCAUUGUCCCUAUUCUCCGUGUUGCGGAAGAAAUCGAAAAGGAUAACCCAAGAGUUGCUUAUCUCUGCCGUUUCUAUGCAUACCAGACGGCUCGCAAAAUUGAUCCAACAUACAGUGGUCGUGGUGUUGGCCAAUUUAUGACUCAUAUGGUGGAUAGACUUGAAAAGGAGGAAGUAGAGACAGAACAUAUACUUUCCGGAUCCGGAACCGAUCCAAGAGAAAUUCAGAUGUAUUUUCAUCGGUUUUAUCUGGAAAACAUUGCAGAGGACCAAAACAAAAAGAAACCGUGA